GAAUCACACCCAGCCGGAAGAUGAGGGACCUGAAAACACUCGCCCUCUUGGCCGUUAUUCUGGGCAUCUUUGUCUGCCAAUCCCUGGCCCAUAUACCAGUGAAAGAACCUGAGGAAGACUGUGAUCCAGAUGAUCCAAAUAAUCCAAAUAAUCCAAAUGGCCGCGAUGAUGAUACCGCGCUGUGCGCCAACUUCCAGCAUAUACGCAAUCUGAUCGAUCAGGAUGAACUUCAGACCCUCAUCCAGCUGCACUAUAAUUGCGAUGUCAAGUUCCGGCGGGCCAUGCGUUAUUACAAGACCGCCGGCUUUGUCAAGGUCACCAGCGAGCUGACCGAGACGGACGCAUAUCAGACCAUUUUGAGGGAACUGCAAGCAGCCAGUGUGGACACGGCGGAGAUAGAUAAUGUGGCUGAGAUCUUUUACUGCAUUGUUUUGCCCGUUGAGCUGCCGGAUCGUGAAUGUGACUGCAAGAAGGUCAAGGGUCAUACUUUUGUGAAUGAUUUGCUGUACAUAAUGCCACGCGAGGAGGUCCAUGACUAUGUGGCCGAGUCACAGGAAAAGCAAACCAACUUUGGUAACUUUACAAUUGCUGUCACCUCGCCAGCUUUCCAGGCCACCCUCAAGGCCAGUAUUAAAAAGAAGGACGUGGCCAAGCCUUUGCGCACCCUGCGCAAAAAUGGCUGGGACAUCCCGGUGCUUCUUCGUGCCAUGCUGGUGAUUUUCAGCUGGUAAAAGGGUAGGAGUACUUCCACUGUAAAAGCAUAUCGUCUGUAUAUUUUGUAUGUAAACCAAAUAUAGCAACAAGUGAAACGAAA